AUGAUGUCCAAAACUUUACUAUCUAAUUUGUUUAGAAAAAACAAAAUUGGAAUGAAUACACGUUCCUUAUGGAAGUGGAUCGAUGACACAUUCAACGGUUUGGACGAUGAUCGUAUCAAGGAAAUUGGCCCUAACUUGGCAUGUGCCGAGUGGCUUAUGAAAAACGGGGCAAAAAUUAGAUGGAAAGGUUGUAAGGAAUUUGUAAGUCAUUAUGAUUGUUUGCCUAAUACCACAUCAAUUCACCGUAAACUGUUUGUAAUAGAACACGUUUAUGCAGGAAAAGAAGCAUCAAUUUCACACAUAGGAUUUAGAUAUUUUAAGAACUGUACAAAUAUUUCUUAUAUUGAAUUUGAUGGAUGCAACUCGAUAAAUAACGAAGCAUUAGGUCAACUUAAUAUAUUGAAAGAUUACUUGACAAAAUUAAAGAUAAACGACUGUAUAAAUGUUUCUGACCAAGGAAUAAUGUCGUUGGAACAACUUCAGGCAUUAAAAUAUUUGGAGUUGAAAAAUGUAAAAUGUCUAACCGAACCAGAAAUAAUGAUUGGUCAUCUGAAAACCAAGUUGCCAGAAUGCACUGUACAAUAUUAUAAUGAAUGA